GCUACAUGCUAUCGUCGUCGCUGCUGUGCUCCUGCUGCUGGAGGAGAGAAAUGACCCGGAACGACGCGUGUCUGCUUCUCGGAGCCACCGGCGUCGGGAAAACGCUGUUGAUGAAACGUCUUGCAAAGUUUGGAUCGCAUGGAUCAGGUGACCUGCAGACAACUCCUUCGACCCUGCCUACAGUGGGAACCAACCUGACAGACCUGACGCUGAAGAAGAGGAAGGUGACUGUGAGAGAGCUGGGAGGCUGCAUGGGCCCCAUAUGGCCAAGUUACUUCAAUGACUGCUCCUCUGUCAUUUUUAUGGUGGACUCUGCGAACAUUGCUCAGGUAUCCUCCUCCUGUGUCCAGCUGCUGUCGGUACUCUCUGCUGAGCCUCUGCACAGUGCCUCUGUGCUGAUUCUCUUCAACAAGAGGGACAUGCCCUGCACCAUGAGUCUUACAGAGAUAAAGUCACUGUUUAGAAUGGAUGACAUCAUUGCAUCUGCUCCUCAGCCAAUCACAACACUGGAGCUCAGUGCCUGCUCUGGACAGGGACUUAAGGAGGUGCUCAGUUGGCUGGAGUCCACCACAGUCAAGUGAUCGAUCAUGAGCUUGUUCCUUAAAAAGUGAAGCUGCUCUCUCAGGGCUCGGGAGUAAUGGUUCCAAGCCUUUUGACAAGAUAUGCCAGUGAUGUCGGUGGGCCAAGACUGUGGAUGAGGAUGUAAUGAUGUGUUUACUGGUGGAUUCACUAAAAAUGUGGCAAAACAUAUGACAAGAGCAACUGGACUGGUAGACUGCAGCGUAUCACCUGUUUGCCUCUAGGACCCUGAGGCGUGCAGGUAAGAUUGUGGCCGAUCCUUCCCACCGAGGUAACAAACUCUUCGAGGUUCUUCCCUUCGGCGGGAGGCUGCGGGCCAUCAGGACCAAAACCUCCCGCCACAAGACCAGCUUCUUCCCGGCUGCAGUUGGCCUUAUCAACAAGGCCUGGGACCCCCACCUGACUUGGACUCUUAUCCCGCCCCCACACCCCAAGUCUGUGUUACAUUAACACACAUAACAGUACAUUGCA